GUUCAUUGAUUAUAUAAAUUAAAAUUAAAGUUUAGUAUGGGCUGAAACUUUUCAAACAAAACAAUCAAUAGUAUAGAAAGGAAGAAGAAUGAUAUUAUUCGCAUGACAGACAUUCGCCAUGAUGUUCAGCUUAUUAAAUUCAUAAAGAUGCCUAACCCGAACACCGGAAAAUUUGACCACAAACUUAAAAUCGAUGAUAAUACAAAUGGGCCGGUUCAAAGUUGAUUCUCUGUGCAUUCGAGUCAUCAUCCCCAAUCUAUCAAGACUACGAGGAUUGGAAGAGACUCAGAAUUCAAGUCAACUCAAAACAUGAGUGAAAGAAGGAGGAGGACUAAAAAUGAAGAUGACAAUUACAAAUAUAUUCAGGUUGAGUCUAAUGCAUCGAUUGUUGGAAGCGAAAGUGUUAUCCCAACUAACAAAUAAAAUUUAUGACCAUUGGAUUUUCUUACAGCAACACCCUUAUGCACGUCUGGUGUCGAUCACUUGCUUUGGAUAUAACUACAUUACAGCUAUUGAAACCAAAUUUGAAGUUCCUGGGCAGACAGAGUUAGCCACCUUUUUAUAUCAAGGCACAAUGCAUGAUCAGGCUAAGAAAAAUGAACUUAUUAAAGAAACCAUGGUUCUUGAAGAAAACGAACAAAUUGAAAGUGUCAACUGAUGAUGAUCAGCCAAAAAUCAAAGAAUCAGAAGUAUCACACUAGGGACUAAUUACGAGAAUUGACUAAUAAUGGAAGGCCAGAUUGAACUUGCCCAAAUAGUCAACCUCAGUGAUUCAGUCGCAAGUUUCUCUAAAAUUGAUAACGAAAGUAUAGUUCCGGAAUCACAAGCGCACUUAAGUGAAAGAGAUGAAAUCAGCGAUAAAGACAGUCACAAAGAUGAUGAAAGCAGAUACCCUCCUCCUGCUGGCAAGAAGUCAAAGAUCGAUGAAAAUGAAUUUAAAUACCAAGACUUAGAUCUUAGUGUUUAUGGACGGUAUCUUAUAGGGUUUAAAACUAAAUUUGGAGAAUACCUCGAAGACAUUGAGGUCUAUACCAAGAAACUAAGCGAGAUCCAAAAUUAUGGUGAAUUUUAA